AUGUGGAGAAACCGCAUACUAGAACAGCAGCUGGCAGAAGAACGCCAGAGUGCCCUCGGCAAAUCUGAUGUCAUCACCUCCACUGUGGCCCAGCGACUCGAUACUCUCGAGGCUGGUCUCCGAGCGGUCCAGAUGCAUAAUCGUAAUCCUGUUGAUACGGUUUCGGCCCCUGUACUGGUCAACGGCCAAUGGUACACUGUUCACGCGGUGGAGGCGGCAGAGCUAGUGCCUGAUGAAGGCGCGAUAUACGUUGACGAGGCUGUGGACGCUUUGGCCGACGUUGACUCUGUGGUCAACUGUGCAUCGCAGGACGACCCUUCGGCGCCACCGCCGAUUCAACCACAGUAUAGUAUGGGAGAACUCCUCGCUCCAGAGGCACUCAGCCCAUUCGAUGACUUUCCAAGAGCAACCUAUUCGGACGAAAAUAAGGACGGGUGGCUAAGUCGGAACCCGUCGGUCGGUCUCUUCGACUUGGGCAACGGCACGGCUGAGCCCCGACCCAAGGCUGUUGUAAGCGAGUCAUUAGAAUCCAUGAAACUUCCUCGCGUUAUUUUGGACAACUUCGAUCGGACGCUGCAGGGAUCCCCAUCUGUGAGAACUACAGCGCCUGGCAACGCUACUCUUGUUGUUGCCUGA